AUGCCGUGGCAGGUCGAGUACACGGACCAGUUCAAGGAUUGGUGGGAUGCCCUGAGCGAGGGUCAGCAGGAUGACCUGGUAGCCUCGGUGGAGUUGCUGACGGAGCGCGGACCCACACUGCCGUAUCCCUACUCUUCAGGGAUAUCCACGUCGAGGCACAGCCACAUGAGGGAGCUGAGGACGCAGAGCGGAGGUGAGCCGCUACGCACCUUCUAUGCUUUUGAUCCCAGACGCGUCUCGAUCCUGUUGAUCGGAGGGAUCAAAACCGGGAACGACCGGUUCUACGAAGAAUACGUGCCCGUUGCCGAUGCGUUGUACGACGACCAUCUUGAAGAACUGCGUGAGGAGGGCAUCAUCCCAUGA